UGCCAGUUUCGUCCAUUUCAUUAUUUGACGAGCGCCUGAUUUCACCACGAUGCCUCACAUAAAAUACACCAGUUUUUGAAAGCGUUCCAUGUCCCCGGAACAAAGUGUGAAGAAGCAUCUGGCAAGGUCACAAUUACUGUAUAAAUAGCAAAGCACUGGAGGCGUAAGGAUACGGCAUCCAGAACUCCACCUUAUUCAGAUGCAAACUUUCAUUCUUUCACAUUGCCCACUAUGAUGUGUCGAGUCUUCAGAUCCUCGCUUCUUGCCUGGCUCAUGUUGGGGUUGAUAGUACCCUCGGAGGGUGUCAACGCCACGGAAUCGGCAAAAGAUUGUCCCUGGCAGGACUCGUCCGUGUGUACAUGCUCCGCCAAUCAAGCCAUUUGCUACGCACGGGGUCCGAGGAUACCAAAGCCGUCCAAUAACUUGACUCAAAUUGACAGUUUGAGCAUAUCUGGAUAUCGGCUGAUCGAAAUCGGAGACGACGAUUUACCACCAAACUUGAAGAAAAUCGAGGUCAAGUCUCUUAGUUUUGCUUACUUUAGUUCUAACGCACUCAGAAAGUCUUUGAAAACUCUGGAGAGAUUCUCUGUAUGGUCCCUUAAUCUGACUGAGCUGCCUGGAAGUCUCAGAGAAGUCGAAGGCUUGGAGGGACUUGAACUACGACACGCAAGAAUUAAGACAUGGAAUAGAAAUUUAACUCGUCAUUUAGGGAGAACCAUAAAAAAUUUAACCCUUAACGUGCCCUUAGACAAGUGGCCAGAGUGGAUCACAGAUUUUGUGCAGCUGGAAACUUUGCUGUUGCGCACUCCACAUUUUGAAGUUCCUCCAGAUGCGUUUGACCAUGUUCAAAAUACACUGAAAAAACUCGAGUUUGACGGCCAGUUCUUCUACCGGUACGAUUUCUAUCCAGGACCGUUUGUUCUACCUAUGUUUCCCGAAGCGGUGACGAAACUACAGUCACUUGAAAUGCUUAGUUUAGAACGGUUUAAUCUAAGCACGGUCCCUGAUGUAGGAGCGACAUUUGCUGGCUUUGGGAAUACCUUACACACGUUAUAUUUGAGAGCUUGUGAUCUGUCAGUAACACCGAACCUUCUGCUACUUUCAAAACUCACCAAACUGCGUCUAUCCUUCAAUAAUCUCCUUAAUUUUCGGACGGAUAUUCUCCCCCCCACCUUACAAUUUAUUAAAUGCGUCCGCUGUCAUUUGAUAGAUAUUCCCGAUUUCUCUCAUUUCAAGAACCUUACGGAACUCAGUUUAGAUUUCAAUGACUUUUCCACAAUUCGUUCAACCGUUUUUCAGGGUCUCGAAAACUUAAAAACAUUGUCUUUGACUAAAAACAAAAUCACCUCAAUUGAGAAUGGCACUUUUUUGGAUACGAGCUCCCUUGACACACUUGCCCUUUCAGGAAAUAGUCUCAGCCACUUGCCCGAAGCAAUGGCUGAAGCUAAGAGUAUUCAGCUUCUACAGAUGUUUGGAAACUUUUUCACGUGCAGCUGUAUUAGUCAAGACCUUAACUCGUGGAUCCGAAGCAUAGAUACGGUCAGAGCAAGUGUUAAAAUUUGUCAGGAAGACAACCCGGAUAUUGUGUCUUUCUGGCGCUCCGACGCUUCCCUGUGUAGAGACGACGAUCCCAUUGUUGGCUAGCCCCAAUGAGAGACCUGUGUUGAUCUUGAUUUAUGCUUUCUUAUUUCUCAUAGCAUUUCACAGCGACUGGACUUUACAGACACCCUACCCUCUCUCCCCAAAGCAAAGUUAAUUGAUUGAUUGAAAGUGCGAAAGACAGCCCCCCACCCCCCCCCCCCACUCCCCCGGGGAAAAGCAGCUCCUCGCAUUGUCUGUCUGUCUGUCUCUCUCUGUGUCUCUCUGUGUCUCUCUGUGUCUCUCUGUGUCUCUCUCUGUCUCUCUCUCUCUCGAUCUCUCUCUCUCUGCCUCUCUCUCUCUCUCUCUCUCUCUCUCUCUCUCUCUCUCUCUCUCUCUCUCUCUCUCAAGCCAAUUUUGUUUUGACAGAUAUCUAAGCUUCUGAGUGAAGUGAUGUGCCUAAGUUGUGAUUAGCAAGACCAGCAGAUACGAAUCUACAAUAUCUUCAAAUACUUACAUCAUGUUUAAGGCUUCAGUAUGUUUGCAGCUCUUGGAUUGUCCUACUGUUUAUUGAAAUGAAUAAAUGUCAAAAUUCUGUGCUAUAUAAAUUUCAAAAUAGAUGACUUGAAGCCUA